CUAGCUACCCGCCUCCAGGCCCCGGCUCUCCCUCUUCCUUUUCCCUUUUCCGGGCGUGCCGGAACGGGAAGCUGGGCAGGGACUGGGCAUUUUUGACAACUGUGCUUCCCUGGCGCCCUCCUCCCCCCACCCCGUAUGUGUAUCUCCUUGCCUUCCAGAUGUUCCUUUUCUUCGGGCUGUCGCUUCUCGCGUGGGAUAAGAUGGUAGCGUGGAAAGAGUGCUCAACUUGGAAGCAGGAGACAGGUUUCAGACCUUGGCCUUACCACGCCUGCGUUAAACCCCUCCCCCCAGCCUCAGUGUCCCCCGCAGUAUUAUUAGCCUCAUUUGCCCUGCUGACCCAGGGGUCAGUCAGAAUGGCACAGAGAGAGACAAUGGGCGCUUGAGCUCUUGCAUGACCUGGUCCCACGCAGACCCGCGCCCUUCGCUACGUUGAGUCAUCACGUGGUGUUCUUAGAAUCCCCAUUUCACACGAAGUGCGCUGACUCGCAUCCACAGAGCCAACGAAUGGCAGGGGGGACACACAAAGCCAGCAGUGUGGCUCUCAACUGGAGCUUUUUUCCAGCUUUGACUUCCUCCUGGGGGUGGGGGUGGGGGCCUGUGGCUGGAGGAGCAUCUACAGCCAAACCCAACCCCAAAGGGCUUCUUCCUCCUCCCACUGACAAUUGCCCCGUUUGAGUUCCAACACAGGGUGCUCACCCCUGCUUCCGCAUUGAUGACCUUGAAAAUGAAACCCAGCAAACAUUUCCCGAGGGGUGCAGGAAGUCCACACCCGGGAGGGAGCCGGGAACCCUGGGUCCUUGUCCCCGUUCUCUCUCUCAUUAGUUGUGUGACCCUUGUCAAGCCCCUGGCCUGCUCUGCACUUUAGCUUCCCUCCGACUAAAAUGAACGAGCGCAGCAGGCUCUUGUCUAGUUCCCCCUCUCUGUCUCCCAACAGGCUCUCCGUGGAAGCCCAAACCCCUCCGCUUUCCAUGGGCAGCUGCCAGGCAGGGCACAACCUGCACCUCUGCCUGGCCCACCACCCACCUCUGGUCUGUGCCACUCUAAUUCUGCUGUUGCUUGGCCUCUCCGGCCUAAGCCUUGGCAGAUUCCUGCUCACCCACCAGACUGGCCUACGCAGCCCUGACAUCCCUCAGGACUGGGUCUCCUUCUUGCGAUCUUUCGGCCAGCUGACCCUGUGUCCUGUGAAUGAGUCUCGCCCAGGGAAGUGGCGUGAGUCCCAUGUCGUGGGCUUACUGACCACCUUGGACUUUGGAAAUGGGCCGGAUGGGAACAAGACCCAGACUUUCCAAGCCGAGGUCCUGGGUAGUCAGAUGGGACUGGAAGGGUCUUUUGCGGAAGAACGGGUCCUCAUUACAGCCAGGGUAACCCCCAGAAGGACACCAGGAACCUGCCUGUAUUUCAGUGCUGCCCAGCCGAUCCUGCCGACCAGCCAGCCACCCAUGUCCUGCUCAGAGGAGGGAGCAGGGAACGCCACUCUGAGCCCGAAGACGGCUGUGGGCUGUGUCAGAGUGUGGAGCCACGAAGGCCUUGUGCUCACCAAACUGCUCACCUCAGAGGAGCUGGCCCUGUGUGGCUCCAGGCUGCUGGCCUCGGGCUCUUUCCUGCUGCUCUUCUGUGGCCUCCUCGGCUGUGUCACCGCAGUGUGCUUCCAGCCGAACCGGGAGCCUCACUGGUCUCGAACCCGGCUCUGAGUCACUGGCCCCAGGGCCUGCCGCCUUCUCAGGUCCCGGGUCUGCAGCAACCUCUUGGGCCCUGGUUCCGAGUUGGAAGAGACGGUGCAAACAGUGAAGAGCUGGGGAUGUGGGGAAAAUAAAAGGCUUAUUUUGCCCAGUG